UUCGAUCUACCAACAAUGGACGAAAAUCGCAAGCGCAAGGCUUCGGAAGAUAUUGAGGAAGGGAUUGUUUGUCCAUAUUUGGACACGAUUCAGCGAUCGUUGUUAGAUUUCGAUUUCGAGCCGGCAUGCAGUAUUUCAAUGCAAACAGGCCCACACAUUUAUGGUUGUCUCGUUUGCGGCAAGUACUUUCGCGGACGUGGAAUCCAGACACCAGCUUACACACAUUCAGUAGAAGAAUCGCACUUUGUGUUUGUGCAUUUGACUAACGGGACAUUUCACUGUCUGCCGGAUGAUUACGAAAUUAAAGAUACGUCACUAGUCGAUAUUCAAGAUGCAUUGCAUCCGAAGUUUUCCCCGAGCGAAAUUCGAACAAUCGACACCCACACAGAGCUCAGUCGGGACCUCUUUGGACGACGGUACCUGCCAGGCUUUGUUGGCUUGAAUAACCUUCACAAAACUGACUGCGUGAAUGCCGCCGUACAGGCACUGGCACAUGUCCAGCCAUUGCGUGAUUUCUUUCUAUCGAAAAGCCAUAACGAGUCACUCCUGUCGUCGAAAAAAUCCCAAGCGUCGAACCGACUUGCUCAUCACGUGGCACAAUGUUUCGGAGAGCUUGUGCGUAAAAUUUGGAGUUCUAAGCGUUUUAAAUCGACGGUCGACCCCCACAUGCUGAUCCAAGCAAUUGCCACUGCCUCGAAAAAACGCUUCAAAGUCGGUGUACAGGCCGAAGCGGGGGAACUUGUGGCGUGGUUGCUGCAUCGGUUGCAUGUCGGGACAGGUGGAGGUCGUAAGGCUGGUAGUAGUAUUGUGCACAAAACAUUUCAAGGGAAAGAAGGUCUCAAAAUGAAUGAUCAAGAAGUGUUAGUAGAAAUUGAAGAAACCGCCACCGAUACACACUUUCUACAGCUCACUUUAGACAUACCGGAAAAGCCACUAUUUCGCGACGAAGACGGUGGUUUGGUCAUUCCACAAGAACCGCUGGUGUCUGUUCUGAAAAAAUUUGAUGGUGUUACUUUUUCAGAUGCCCUCAACCGCAGCGGCGUGGCCCAACGGAAGCGCUACCAACUCCUAAAACUACCGGACUACUUAAUCUUACACUUGGCUCGCUUCAAAGACAAUCGGUAUACAAAAGAAAAAAACCCUUCAAUUGUCAUGUUUCCGGUAAAGAACCUUGAUCUUGGCGAGUACGUGCACAAGGAAAAACAAAGUCUACCAACUGAGGAGCAAAUUCGAGGAAUGACUGUACGUCAGAAGUACGAUUUGGUUGCGAAUAUAACGCACGAGAGUCCUGCUGACGACGGCCACUACAAGUGCCAUGUGCAGCAUCAAGCCACGCGACAGUGGUAUGAAAUUCAAGACUUGCACGUUCAAGAGAUUAUGCCGCAGCAAAUUGGACUUUCCGAAUGCUAUCUUCUGAUCUUUCGAAAGUCAGGAUUGUAAGUAAAUACUAGAUUUCAAAACUACCAACCUUCAAUGAACUUUAGAGACGUAGUCUUUGUCGGGUCCUGAAAGAGCCGGUGGAACAGCCAAGAACAGUCCAUAAAUAUCCAUGUUCUUACGAACAAAUGCUGGAUCCAACUCCUGCGCUCGACACCAUUUCAAUGCGGCUUGUUCCAUACGCUCUCGUCUCUGCAAUGCCGUGUCCGAUUGAGAAGGCAAGUCGCUGUCUUCGUUUUCGUCUUCUUCGUCCGUCGACCGUCCCCACGGGAGUGACGACGGAAAGAAUGCACGAUCUCGUUGCGUAUUGGGAUCCU